GUGUAGUGACCUCCUGCAGCUGGCACAUUCCCUAGACCUAGCAAACACCUCUCUGGGAAUAAGAUAUGGUAGCACGCCAAGGGCAUUAUUACACCCACUAAGGGCAAGGGGGGUAUGUGUUGGUAUGUGAAGGGGUCUCCCUGAGUGUGCCUGGGAUCUCCGUAGGGGAGAUGGAUGAGGAGCGACCCCGCUCUAACACGGUGACCACCACCAUCAGCACCCAGAGUGACAACUUCUCCAGCAGCGCCAGCUUGUCCUAUGACCGAAACUUCUUAUUAACCCCGCCCGGAGCCCUCCUGUUGGCUGAAACGCUAUUUGGUUUGUUGGUGUGGGCGCUGAUUUCUGCGACAGAAUAUUUCCGAUUUCCUCCUCUAGGCUGGGUUAUCUUCGUAGCUGGGUUUUACUGGGUGCUCUCUACCAGUUUUUUAACUAUGUACAUAACAAGAGCAUUUGCUAGAAUCCCAAAGGUGCCUUGGACAUUAGUAGCUCUAUGUUUUAAUGGAAGUGCCUUCGUUUUAUAUCUCACUGCUGCUGUUAUAGCUGCAACUUCUAUUGACAAAGAAAGACAUCGACAUCACGAUUAUGACAGCUGGAUUGCAUCCUCAGUUUUUGCCUUUCUGGUGACAGUCUGCUAUGCUGCAAGCACAUAUUUUAGUUUUAAGUCCUGGAGAACACAAAGUUAAUAUGGUGUUUAAUUUAUACACACAAUACUAUUACGAUGCAAAUUGCACAUUUGCAUAACUUCACCUUUUUUGUAAUUUUUUUUUUUUUUAAUUUUAGAUUUAUGUUCUUAUAAAUAAACCUAGAAUAGAGUGAGAAUAUAUAAAUAUGCUAGAUAGUCUUUACAAAAAAAACAUUUGCAGAAUGAAUGAAUUUCUGUCAGUUUUAUAUUCGGUAUUGUUCAAAGUUAUUUAACUCCAAAAUAAACAUUGGGCCACAAACAAAGUUGUAAUAAAAGACUUGGGGAAUAAGGAAA